AUCAAGAAACCUAAUGACUAUAAAAUAUUAGAAAAGUUCAAAGGUAAAACCUUGGAAGGUAAAAAAUAUGAACCGCUUUUUCCUUAUUUCGCUUCAAGAAAAUCGGAAGGAGCUUUCAGAGUGCUUUGUGAUGGAUAUGUUACUAGUGAAAGUGGUACUGGUAUCGUUCAUCAAUCGCCUUAUUUCGGUGAAGACGAUUAUAGAAUUUGCUUGAACUAUGGAGUUAUUACCAAAGAAGGGCCAAUGGUAUGUCCUGUGGAUAAUAGUGGUCGGUUUGUUGAACCUGUAAACGAUUUUCUUGGACAACAUGUUAAAGAUGCCGAUAAAAACAUCAUUAAGCUUCUUAAAGAAAGGAAACGGUUGGUGCAAUCUGGUACAACUAAACACAGUUAUCCAUUCUGUUGGCGAUCAGAUACUCCUCUGAUCUACCGUGCAGUUCCUUCGUGGUUUAUCCGAGUUGAACAAAUGACAAGUAAUUUAUUAAAAAAUAACCAGGAAACCUAUUGGGUCCCAGAUUUUGUUAAAAAAGACAGAUUUGCUAAUUGGUUGAAAGAUGCUCGUGAUUGGGCUGUUUCUAGAAAUAGAUAUUGGGGUACUCCUAUUCCAAUUUGGACAAACGAUGAUGGGUCUGAAAUAAUUGUCGUGGGCUCUAUUGCUGAAUUGGAAGAACUUUCCGGUGUAAAAGUGAAUGAUUUACACAGAGAAUCUGUCGACGAAUUACCCUCCAAGAAAAAUGGUCAAGCUUUACGACGGGUGGAAGAAGUUUUUGAUUGCUGGUUUGAAAGUGGGUCCAUGCCUUAUGCUCAAGCUCAUUACCUCUUUGAAAAUAGAAGAAAAUUCGAAGAGAAUUUCUCUGCCGAUUUCAUCGCUGAAGGAGUUGAUCAAACUAGAGGCUGGUUUUAUACUCUUCUAGUUUUAUCCACUGUUCUCUUUGAUCGUCCUCCUUUCAAAAAUUUAAUCGUCAACGGUCUGGUAUUGGCAAGUGAUGGUCAAAAGAUGAGUAAAAGUAAAAAGAAUUAUCCAAAUCCUAUGGAAGUUGUCGAUAAAUAUGGUGCAGAUGCGUUAAGACUUUACUUGAUCAAUUCACCUAUUGUAAGAGCUGAAAACUUGCGAUUCAGAGAAGAAGGAGUUCGUGAUAUUUUGAAAGAUGUUUUCCUACCCUGGUUCAACGCAUAUCGUUUUCUCAUUCAGAACGUUCAACUUUAUGAGAAAAAUACCGGUGCAAAUGUCAUUUUCGACCCAUCUAAAUUAUCAAAGCCAAUUAAUCCAAUGGAUCGCUGGAUCUUAUCAUUUGCACAAAGUUUAAUCAAAUUUGUGAAACAAGAAAUGAAAGCUUACCGGCUUUAUACGGUUUUACCUUUAGUCGGAUUCAUUGAAAACCUUACCAACUGGUAUGUUAAAAUGAACCGAAAGCUUUUCAAGGCUGAUAAACGAGCUGAAUGUUGACCUUGCGUUGAACCUGAUCAUCAAAUGUUGCUAUUUCAAUGUUUAACUAGCGCUGAAUAUAAAUAUUGAUUUGAUCAUAAUCAUGAUUAUAUUUACUUUAAUGAUGAUCAAUUUGAAGUUGUGAGCAAAUGUUUCAAAGGUAAUUUCAUUUGCAUUCCAAAUGAUUUUUAAUUGAGUAUUAAUAUUGCAUAGCGAUUAACAACUGGAUAAAAUAUUGUUGCUUUAUUUAAAUGUGAGGGGAAAAAUGAGUCUAAUUGUACAUUUGCUAUGAUUAUUGUUGGAGAAAAAAAUGUUGGCAAAAAAUGUAACUCACUUUAUUGUAAGGCUAAUGUAAUGAAAAUGAAUACAAUAAUGAAUUACAGGGAAGGUGAUUAUAUCUCUCAUUGUCAUCAUCAUUAUCAUCAUUUCCUUCAAUUACACAAUUAAAAUUAAUCUAUCUUCUCUCAACUGUUCUCUUCUCCCUGUUGACAAUCUAAUAACUCAUAACAAUUAAACAGUGAGUUAAACAGAAGAAGAAGAAGAAGGGCAAGAAUAAAGGAAAAUAUCAUUUGGAUGGCAAUUUUAUCUCUACUCUGGUUAACCAGGGAUGAAAGUAAAGGUUGAAGUUGGGGAAAUACGAGCUUAAUGGACUUGUGCACGAGCUUUGACUCACCGAUGAUAAUGAUAAUGAUGUUGAUGUUGAUGAUGAGGGAAGGGAUGAAAAUAACGUUUUACGUGUUCCUUCAACUUGCCUCUUGUCCUGUUUCCCGUUUUCACUGUAUUAAUCAAGGCUAAUUAGAGACCACUUACUCUUGAUUUGAUCUUAAAUGUUCAUCUCUGGUCAUCAGAGUUAUUGUUUCUUCCUCUUGGAUUAACCUUUACAAGCGCUCAACAGACUUCAGAGUUUUUACCUUCAAGUUUAACCUGUUUGUAUUAAAGUUGAGCAAACAUUAUUAGCUUUACUUUGCAUUGUUAGUGUAACAAGAGAUGAAACUUUUGGAACUUUUGGAAAGCCUUUUGUGAGCAAUUCAAUUCUAGUUGUUUGGCAUUUAGCACUUGUUAGCGUUAUCAAUUGAAUCAAAGUUGAUUGUUGAUCGAGUCAAUAUUUUGACGUUGCUGAUGAGUGAACACAAUUUGAUUCUAAUUUUAAACGUUUCAGCUAUUUUUAACUCUCAAUUGUAUUGCCAUUUACACCAACAUUGACAUUCAUUGACAGCUAUUGUUCAUUCAAUAUGUUUAGUAAAGUUUUCAUUUGUUUAUGCUGAGAUUCCCCCUGAACUUGAACUUGUCCAAAUUAAAGUUGUGAUUGCUUUUUUGACUCUCAUUUGAACUUCGUGUUUAUGAUUAGUUUUUAGCUUUUGCUUCAUUUACUUCUUAUCAUCAUCAUUGGCUGGUAAUUGAGAACCAACUUGAAAUUAAUAUCUUUUCUGUUGAAUCACGAAUUGUUUACUGUGGCAUUAAUCUGGAUAAGAUUUUAAUUAAUAUUACUUUGAUUAUUCUCAUCUUUUACUCGCUCCAUUGCUAAAGUAA